AUGAAAGGGUGGAGGGAUGUGUGGAGUAUAAAGGCAUUGCUAUAGGGAAUUAGGAAAUAUUUCACAGGAGUAAAUACUGAGAGAUAUUUCCAAAACCUCUCCUUUCAUCCACAUUGCACACAGUGACGAAGGUCCAACACCCCCAAGAUGAGGAGCCUCCUUCAGUUCCUGGCCCUCUGCGCUGUGGUGUCCCUCUGUGUCUGCUAUGAUUUAUUUGUGCCUCGAAAUCGAGCCAACUCCUUCUUCUCGGGCAAUAGGCGUACCCCACCCAGAGGGAACCGCUACAACCAGUACGACAUGAGGAACAGAAAGUCUCCUGCAGAGAUCCGUGCAGAGACCUGUGAAGACCACAAUCCCUGUCGCUUCUACGCCUAUCGCUUUGGCUUCCAGCAGGCCUACCAGAGAUUCUUCGGAACCCGAAACCUUCCGCAGCAGUCCUACAGACCGACCGUGACUCGUCGGUUCUAAACUAGAGUGUCAAGGUGAUACUCUCUAUAUCACCUGUUCCUUCACUCCACAUCUGUCAAAGUUUUGUAUAAUUUAUGCUCUUGUACCUUUUUCAGUUUUGUCAGUAGAGAAAAACCUGGAAAAUACAGGACUCCAGUGUAGCUUGAAUCCUAUUAUCAUGAUUAUGAAUAUUAACAUCUCAUUUCACAUGUAAUCUCAUUUUAGUGUCAUCUACUAUCAUCAUGCAGUCCCAUCCUUUUUGACAUGAACAAGACAUACCAGAAUGAAAUGUCUGUUAUAUAACCCAUUAUCUAUCUAGGCCAGUUAUGUUGUUGGUGAUUUUUUUGUUUCUUUGAAAGAAUAAAAAUUAAACUUCUUUCUUCAA